UGUUGCCGAGAGCUGCUGUGGUAGAGAUGAUGAUGAUGAUGGCGGAGCUUGUGCAGGGACAGGCCUCGGUGGCUCAGCCUGGAAUGAAAGCAGAUGGCUUCGCAGACGUUUUACACCGAGCCCGACAGAUUGCGGCUAAAAUAGGGAGUGACCAGAUGCCCCAUCUAAAUAACUCCUCUCCAGUAGUAGACCCCUCUCUUUACGGCUAUGCCGGUCAGAAACGGUCUUUGGAUGAAGGAGUAGGUAGCCAGCUGGGAGCAAUGGUACAUCAAAGGGCUAUUAUGACAGAAGACUUCAAAGUGCCUGAUAAGAUGGUUGGGUUCAUUAUUGGAAGAGGAGGUGAACAGAUUACAAGAAUCCAGUUAGAAUCUGGCUGCAAGAUUCAGAUUGCUGCUGACAGUGGAGGUAUGAUUGAUAGGCCAUGCACCUUGACUGGAAGCCCAGAGAGUAUUGAGCAGGCCAAGCGGCUCCUGGGGCAGAUAAUUGACCGGUGUCGAAAUGGCCCAGGCUUCCAUAAUGAGAUGGAUGGCAAUAAUGCUGUCCAGGAGAUCCUGAUCCCUGCCAGCAAAGUGGGGCUGGUCAUUGGCAAGGGUGGGGACACCAUCAAACAACUUCAGGAGAGGACAGGUGUGAAGAUGAUCAUGAUUCAGGAUGGUCCCAUGCCCACUGGAGCAGACAAGCCCUUGAGAAUCACUGGGGAUCCAUACAAAGUGCAGCAAGCACGAGAACUGGUGGUGGAGAUCAUCCGGGAUAAGGACCAGGGAGACUUCCGUGCAGGCCGUGGUGACUUUGGCUCCAGGCUUGGAGGGAGCAGUAUGGAUGUUGCUGUGCCCAGGUUUGCUGUGGGUAUCGUCAUUGGCAGAAAUGGGGAGAUGAUUAAGAAGAUUCAGAAUGAUGCUGGCGUAAGAAUCCAGUUCAAACCAGAUGAUGGGAUCAGCCCAGACCGAAUUGCCCAGGUGAUGGGUCAACCAGAAAGAUGCCAGCAUGCGGUUCACCUUAUUAAUGAGUUGGUCCACACAGCGCAGGAACGUGAUGGUUUUGGAGGUCCACUGGGCCCGAGGGGCAGAGGCAGAGGCCGUGGGGACUGGAAUAUGGGAGCACCAGGAGGACUGCAGGAGGUGACCUAUACGAUACCCGCUGACAAGUGUGGCCUCGUGAUUGGGAAAGGUGGAGAGACUAUUAAGAACAUCAAUCAGCAGUCUGGUGCUCAUGUGGAACUGCAGAGGAACCCUCCUCCCAACACUGACCCAAACGUGCGCAUUUUCUCCAUCCGUGGCACUCCUCAGCAGAUGGAGAUGGCUCGACAGUUGAUUGAUGAGAAGAUUGGGGCCUCAGGAUUGGGAGGGAACAGCAGUUUCGGGCUCAAUCCUUUCACCCAAGGGCCAGCCACCCCUCAUCAGAAUGGACCGCAAACCUUCAUGACUGGUGGCUGGGGCACAACAUACCAGACAUGGCAGCCUCAGGGACAACAGGACCCCAGUCACAAUGGAUCCCAGACCGGGCAGAUGGAUUAUUCCAAAGCAUGGGAGCAGUAUUAUAAAAAGCUUGGACAGCAGAGCCAAGCCCAGAGCACUGGUCCUGACUACAGCAAAGCAUGGGAGGAGUACUACAAGAAACAGAGUCAGGCUGCAGGUCCUGGCUCUCAGCAGAGCUCCCCUCCGGACUACAGUGCUGCCUGGGUGGAAUAUUACAGACAGCAGGGGGCUUAUUAUGGCCAAGGUGCACAGCAGACACAGGCACCGGGCCUUCAGGAUCAUUAGAAAGGAUACCCUUUAGUUGAAGAUUUUUGAAUCACUGAGAGGAUGAAACAGACCUUUUGUAACAGAGGUUUCUAGAUUUGCAACGCCUUGAAGACUUUUACUUUUUUUUUUCUUAGUGAGAAACACUAGCUGUAGAAUGACUUGUACAAUUAAAAAAAUAAAUAUUUCUAAAUCAGGAACGUAAAAUUGUUACUAAAUACUUAUGUACACCAUUAUUUGAAUGGACAAUAUCCGGGAUCCCUUUUGGACAUGAGAGCUGUUUUGUUUUCUAUUUUUUUCCUUUGUAAUUCACAUGAAUUGCCAAAAUGAACCCCGGAAUUGUAACAUUUCAGCAAAUGCAAUAUAAUCUAUUUUUUCUAGUUCUGUUGCAAUAAAAUUGUAAUUAUGGGCUUAGCAGUCUUGAAUUUAUUGUUUUGUUUUUGUCAUAAAAUGUUUUAAGAAUGUGUAAAAUGUUUUCUUUCUUUCCUUUUACAUAUAAAGCAUUUUAAUUCAGUGAGAUAAAACUGUGAUGUUUUGUUACAGGAAAAAUGUACUCUUUUGUUACAAAAUACGAUGAGUGAUGUUGGCAAAUGGCAGUUAAUUCCUAAUUUAAUUCCUGUUGUGCUUUGAAUUCUGUUUUGUCAUUUUAUUGUACUCUGGUUUAAAAAAGGUGCAAUAUCUUAUUUCAUUUUUGAAACAAAGAUGGAUUUCUCUAAUAUUUUGACAGACGUUUAACUACUAGUUCUUAGAUUUAUUUUUUUUAGGCAUAUGAAAAUGUAUUGGAUAAUUUUUUAUUACAAUGAUCUGAUAUGGGAAAAGGGGGGUCUUGCAUAUUGUGAGUUUUUUGCCUUUGCUAUCUUGUAAAACUAUGUAUGUACGCUCAAAUACUUGACUAAAUACUUUAUUUAAAAUAUAUAUACAUAUAUAUAUAUAAUUAAAUCAAAGAGAUUUUUUUUUCAUGGAGUCAUUUUUGCAGGAAAACUGUCCCUGUUUUUCUGUUGUUUUCAUACUGAAAUUUUUCAAAGAUCGUGAAUGUGUAAUUUGAAAUUUGAUGUUGCAUCUUGCUAUGGACAAAAAUGAGAGAUGAUAGGUUUUUAUGUAUGUUCUGUACUUAAACCAUUCAAGACUGCUAAGCCUCCAGAUCCUACCUGUGUAUUAAUUAAUUGUAGUUUUUUAUAUUCUAAGUAUUAAGAUCAAAGUUGUCUUAUUUGGUACCACCCAGUUCCCAUCACGCCCCAACCAGUACACACUGUGGACUUGUGUACAGUCCAAUGCUAAUAACAUUUUAAUUAAUUAUUUUUCUUUCUACUUUGUGUGAUCUAAUAUAUGUAUGAUUGAUUAGUUACAAAUUUAAUCUAGUAUUAACUUCAUUGCUUAAUGAAAAGGGAUAUUAUAAUUUCGAAAUGUUUAAUUUUUUUCCUCAUGUGUACAGGUAACAGUGUA